UCGACCCGACCUCCCCGCAGCCAUUGGCCAUCCAUUCCCACCCAUCCGCCCAACUCCUACCCAGAAACCGCAAUUAUGGUUGCUAUGUACACGAUUGCUGGCCGGCAGGUCGGAUCGCAUGUCCUCGCAAUGGCCACCCUCGGCACUACCUUUGUCGGCGCAUAUCUCUCUAUGGGCGGUAAGAAAGCCGAGUCGAACCAAGGCCCGCCAAUCAAUGCGAAGAGUAAGGAGGAGGAGAGCUUUAUAAAAGAAUUUGUGAAGAAGGCUCAGGGGGAGGAGAAACACUAGGCUGAGACGACAGGAGACGAUGGUAUUGGAGAAGAUGGGAUGGAAACGGAUGGGAUGGAUGGGAUGAGAUUGCGAAUUGGGGAGAACUUGAAUGAUGAUGAGCAAGGUCCGCCAGCCGCAUACCAGUUUCUCGGAUAGACGGAUGCAUCCAUGCCGGUGAGGGAAUGUAAAACUGUAGAUACAGUAGCAAUUGUACCAAAAGCCAUCACAUCGCCG